UUUACGAAUCGUCCAUUAGUUGUUUUACAGAUAGAUCAGACUGUUGGGAAGAUCUGAUCUCGCGUUGAAUCAAAAAGUGAGAAAACCAGGAAACAGAAAGAUGGGUUCAGGAGCGACGAGCGGCGUGACGUCAUGCAUUAAAUAUGUCCUCUUCUUCUUCAACCUCCUCGUCUUGAUUGGGGGACUGGCAGUGGGGAUCCUGGGGAUCAUCGGAAUGGCGGACGCCAAAUUCUACAACUUCGCAAACCUGGGAGUGGAUCCAUCCGGCUUCAAGGUCGCAUCCAUCAUCUUCAUCGUCUUUGGAUUCACCAUCGUCAUCUUCGCCUUCUUCGGAUGCUGUGGAGCCAUCAGGGAGAGCAAAUGCAUGCUCCUCACCUAUGCGGUGUUCACGCUGAUCGUGUUUGCGCUCAUGCUGGCCGGAGGGAUCCUCGUCAUGUUCUUCAAGGGCAAGGUCAGGGAAUGGGUCACCGAUGCCCUCAACAAGAGUCUCAAAGAUAAAUAUAAUAGCAGCGGUGACGAAACGAAGGCUUGGGAUGAACUCCAGAAGAAUACGUCUUGCACAAGCCCCCUGCUACAGGCGAACCCAUACACCAAAGGCUGCAUUUUCCUCGUCGACGAAAUGGAGUCCCAUUCCAAAGUCAUCGGCAUCAUCGCCCUCUCUUUCGCCGCUGCCCUGAAGUUCCCGACACCUUCUACUGAAGGGUGUACACAGUACCAAUGUCAGCGGUCUGUGUCGCGGAUAUGGGGGCUCAAUCCUAUACGAACUCUAAUGGAAGAAGAUGCAACUGUCUCUGAUCUGCAACUUGUCAACUACGAGUUGAUUCCUUUCGUGACGGCAUCUUGUAUUGAUGAGGUGCUGGAGGAGGUGGUCCAUCGUGCCCCACCCUCCCCUAUCAUCUCCUUCAGUCCUUCGAAAACUUGCGAGGGAGAGGGGAGGGAGAAGUUGUACAGGAACGGGAUAUAUUGGACUACUAUUCUUACUGAGAAGCACUAUCGUGCCUCAUCAUUAGCUACGUUCCCUACCAUUCCUCAACAUCACGUAUUGCGAAGUGGUUAUUUCCAUCCUGUUCUACGGGAAUGGCAGUCUCUCCCCUCUCUGAUCACUCCCUCCAAUCUCAUGCUUCCUGUCUUCGUCACGGACAUGGAGGAGCUGGUGGAAGACGUGGCAGGCUUCCCAGGCGUCAAACAGUGGGGCGUGAAGAGAAUCACUGAGUUCCUCACUCCCCUCGUUAAAAACGGCUUAUCUUCCAUCAUACUCUUUGGCGUUCCCAAGAAAACGCCCAAGGAUGAGGUGGGAUCGGGCGCAGAUGGAAAGGAUUCCCCCGUCGUCCAAGCGUUGGAAGUCAUUCGAGGGAAUUACCCCGAUCUAUUAGUCGCUUGUGACGUCUGCAUCUGUUCCUACACUUCCACUGGCCAUUGCUGCAUCUUCAAAUCUGAUGGCACUCUGGAUUCCGUCGCUUCCAAUCUCAGGCUAGCCAGGCAGGCCGUCGCCUAUGCCAAAGCCGGAGCCCAGAUAGUGGGCCCAUCGGCGAUGCAAGAUGGGACGGUGGCUUACUUGAAGGCCGCACUUCGUGAAGCGGGCUUUGGAGACACCUGUGCCGUCCUCUCCUACUCCAUCAAGUUCGCCUCCGUCUUUUACGGGCCUUUCAGACAUGCAGCCGAUUGCGCCCCCAAAGCCGGCGAUCGAAAGUCUUAUCAAAUCCCGCCUGGAAGCUCCAGCCUCGCCAUGCGUGCUGCCGCGAGAGACGUGGAGGAGGGAGCGGACAUGCUGAUGGUGAAGCCUGGCCUCACUUACUUGGACAUCGUCCGCCUCACGAAGGAUAGGUUCCCGAAUCAUCCCCUCUUCAUCUAUCAUGUGCGACUUCUCUAG